AAUUUAUUAAAAAUAGUGUUUAAUUUUUAUUUUCCUUGUGGGCAUGAGUAGUUUGUUUGAUUGUAAUUUAAUUAUGAUCAUUAGAUAGAUACAAUUUAAGAAGCACACACUAGUUUCUGAAACUGUUGUAAAUUUUUGUAUAUAUUGCACUAUAGAAUUACAUUUUAGCUAGAGGAUUCGCAUGAGAUAUCCUAAGCAUGAGUUUGACAUCCGAGUAGACCCCUACGCACCAAGGACACAGAUUCUUAACCCUCUGGAUGCCAUCUGUAAUGUAAAACGAAACGAUGCUAUAUGCGUUAGCAAUUUAAAAUCAGCGAGACCUGUGGACAAAGAAAUUUUGCAAGAGAGGCCUGACGUCAAAAUCUUCCUGCCAUUCAGGUUCCACUUCUACAAACCAAAAGACCUGUUCAUGGAAAAUACGUACAGGAACUAUUUAGUCGCCCCCGGCGGAGACCACGUGCUCAGUUUGGUUGAUGAGAUCUCGUACAGAGCGCCACCAGCGCCACCUCUAUCACAGAUGCAUGAGUUAGACCCUGAUCUAUUCUGCAACGGUGACAACAGACCGCCAAACUGUCCCGUAGACUGCCGCUGUACUCACAUGAUAGAUGUGCCUCUCAACUCUAUUGUUGAAAUAGUUUUGGUUGAUGAAGUGCAAUCGCCGAACUUGUCCCAUCCGUUCCACCUUCACGGUACCCCGUACAACGUGAUAGGUAUCGGCAGAUCUCCUGAUAAGAACAUCAAGAAGAUUAACCUGAAACACGCCUUAGAUUUGGACAGAAAAGGCUUGCUGCACAGGCAGUAUAACCUUCCUCCCUUCAAAGAUACUCUUGCUGUGCCAAACAAUGGAUACGUCGUUUUAAGGUUAAAGGCUGACAAUCCAGGAUACUGGUUAUUCCACUGCCACUUCAUCUAUCAUAUAGUAAUAGGAAUGAACUUGAUUCUUCACAUCGGGUCGCAGGGAGACCUGCCCCCCGUACCUCCGAACUUCCCUCGAUGCGGCGACCACCUACCUUCGAUCACUCCACCAUACUUCCCGAUACACUGAGGGUAUCGAGAAAAUAAAUCGUAAUCGAUUAUGUGAACCACACUGGAGUGAAAAGCAUCGCGUACUGCCAUAUUUUGUUCUGUUGUUGAAAUAUGAACAACGUGCGAAUGAAAUAAAAUUAAUUUGUUAAUGUUGUCUUGUAAAUAACUUUGUAAACUUAUGGGGCUGUUCUAAAACUAACCAUCUAAAGUAUCGCAUUAGAGACCAAAGUAUUUAAUCAGAUCACUAUCGUAUCUUAUAGACUUAAGAAAUCGACUCGUCCAAGUCGACAAUGGCGAACGCCGUUAAAUUAAUUUCUGAUAUUCUCAUAGUUGAAUGUUUUUGUUACUCGUUUUAUAAUUGUACAUAAAGGUAGAUUAGAAUAAGUACUUUAAGAUUUAUAUAAGAGACAAGACGAGUGUAAUAAUUAACGUAAUUCCUAAAUAAAUUUUAAAAAUACAUGGGUUAAGUGCAAAUACGUAAUUACCAACUCGCAAUAUUUAGAAAUAUAUACAAAUAAUAUAAAUACUCCUUCCGACGCGAUUGCACCACGUUAUUCUUUUUUUGGGACAUGACCAUCCACUUUGCUUAAAAUAAUUUCUAUCAUAGUGUCGGAAGAAGUUUCUAGAAGGUUCUAGAUCUUGAAUAUUUUAUAGAUGCAUGUUAAAUCAUUUAACUCAAGUUUGUAUAACAUCUACGGAACUUGAGACCGUAAUUUGUGUUACGGUGUUAGAUAUUUAUCUACACGAAUGCAAUGAUAUCAUAAGGUUAUAUCGCCAUUAAUAUUUAGUUUUUUAGUUUAUUAACAAUCCAUGUUCACUCUUUGAGAUGGAUGUAAGGAGCCUAUGAUGUUUUUCUUUCAUUUAAAAUAUCUAAUUUCCAACAAUUGAGCAUAUGAACUUAAGUACCUAAAGUAAUGUCUGUUAGAUAUUUAAUGGUAAAACUAACUUAAUACAUAAUGUUAAGUGGUAACAAAAAAGUAUAUUUAAUAUUAAUUACAAUAGUUUAAAUUAUUUUAACGCGACGAAGCACGAUUAACAUAAAAACGCUGUAAAAAAAAUAAUCGCUAAACAUACCUAAUGCGUAGUUAAUUAAAAGUAAAAAGUUUAACAAACAAUAUAAUUAAGUUUGAUCUACAUACCCGACUUUCUUGACUUUCUUCAAAUUACUUCAGCUGUCAACAAUUAAUUAUCUUUAUAACAAGAAAUCUUUUGAAAAUAUGCAAAUUGAGACCACUUACAAAAAUGUUAGUAAAUUAAAUUUAAUAUUUUCCUUAUAAGCUAAGUAACACAUUUAAAUUAAAUAAUUUAUUUUUACAUAGCGUAAUUUCUUUUGUCUAAUUAUUUGUCGCAAACUUUUUUCGUUUUGAUUUUAUUCAGCCAGCGUUUCGGUAAUGUAGACAGCCAGUAACAUUACAUAUAACACUUUUUAAUUUUGGAAUGCAAACUUUUUCGUCAUUGUAUCGCAGCAUUUUCAAAUAUGUUCUGUCUGUUGGUUAGUCAUGCGACUAACUAUGAAAUGAUUAAAUGUUCGUAUUUUAAAUGAAAGAUUAACUCUAAGCUAUCAUAAAUAAGACACAGGGUAAUAUUUUGUUUGAAAAUAUACACCUGUGAUUGGUCUGAACCAUGGAAAGACUUCACUCAUUUCCAUCAUAAAGUCUUUUUUAAAUUAUUUAUCGCUAACUGUCUCUUCAAACACAAUGUCGUAUAUUUAGGAAACAGUCAUUUUAUAUUGAAAAUAAAUGUUUUAUAAAAUA